AUGUCUAAUCAUCAACACUACGGUAACUACGAUAUUCACUUUGUCGAAGGGAAGGACGAAAUCGAUCAAGAUGGUACUUUGGUUAUUAAUAAGGCCAACCGAUCAACUGCCAAAUUUCCCGAUUUCUUACCAACUUGGAACCCAAAUGAAAAAUAUCCACCAUUGAAAUUUUUCAAAUACGAAGACCCUGGUUUGAAAGCCGAUGCUUCAUUUAAAAGCUUAUUCCCACAAGACGGUGAUUAUACCGUUAAGAAAUUAUCUCCCAAAUUAGGUAGUGUGAUUAGUGGGAUCCAACUUUCCCAAUUAAAUGAUGAAGCUAAAAAUGAUUUGGCUCGUUUUAUUGCAGAAAGGGGAAUUGUCGCUUUUAGAGAUCAAGACUUCACCCAUCAAGGUCCUCAGAAGUGUGUUGAGUUUGCUGAAUAUUUUGGUCCGUUACAUAUUCAUCCAACUUCUGGUGCUCCUAAAAACAUUCCAACGAUUCAUGUCACUUAUAGAAGAGCUGAUGAAAAAGAUGAACGAGUUUUCGCAAAUAAUACCAAUUCCAUCUUAUGGCACUCGGAUUGUUCUUUUGAAUUACAACCUCCUGGUUAUACUAUUUUCAGUAUCUUAGAAGGGCCUGAAAGCGGUGGUGAUACUCUUUUCGCCAAUAACGUUGAAGCCUAUAAAAGAUUAUCUCCUGCUUUCCAACAAAGAUUACAAGGUUUACACGUAUUACAUACUUCUGAAGAUCAAGCCUCCAACUCAAGAGGUCAAGGAGGUGUGGAAAGAAGAAAACCAGUUAGUUAUAUUCAUCCUUUAAUCAGAGUUCACCCAGUUACAAAAGAAAAAUAUAUCUACCUCAAUAAACCUUUUUCAAGACAAAUUAUUGAAUUAAAAGAAGAAGAAAGCACCAUGUUAUUGGACUUCUUAUAUAGACAUUUGGAAUUAUCCCACGAUUUACAAAUCAGAGCUAAUUGGGAACCAAAUACCGUGGUUAUGUGGGAUAACAGAUCAACCACCCACAGUUCUUGUAAUGAUUAUGCCGAUGACACCUCGGCAAGACACGGAAUGAGAAUUAGUUGUCAAGCUGAAAGACCAGUCGAAUCCUUACUGGACCUCAAUAAUGAAGAUAUAAGCAUUGGUGAUAUUGCCGAUGCUUUGAAAAAAACUCAUACCUAA